AGCAAAUCAGCGUAUUAGAAUGAUUUCUGAAGGAUCAUGUGACACUGGAGACUAGAGCAAUCACUGUAGUAAAGUAAAAUCAGCUUUGCCAUCACAGAUAUAAAUUACAUUUUAAAAGACACAUUUUAAAUUCUAAUAAUAUUUCACAAAUGUAAAGUUUUACUCCAUUUUGACUAAUAUAGCAUUCCAGAGAAUAAGAGACUUGAGACUUUUAAGCACAUAGUAAAAAGUUAACAAUAUACCAAAAGGUCAGUAUUUAUUCAGUAUAUAAGCAUUUUCUGCUAUUCCAGUGGUUUCAGCAUAACUGUCACAGCAUUAUUGUAUUUUUUUCUCUAUUAUUCUGUUAUGGUUUCGGAUAACCCUGUCCCUAAAUGUCACGUAAAAACCAAAUGUUUUCUUCCUGUCUAGUUUGCGGUUCUUGCCCAGAAUAAGUUUCAGUGUAGACCAGACCUGUUACUGAUUAGUCAGAUGUCUGACUAUGUGAAACUACAGAAACAGAGUUUAUUUCUUUUCCAAACCCAAACGGGGCUUAACAGGCUCUAAAUUUUAAUGUUCCUUGGAGAAAACACCACAUUUGUCUGUCUUCAGUAAUUUAGUAUUGUGUGUGUGAACUCAUGAGUGUUUUUCUGUUUUCUCUGUCAUCCGCCCAUUAUUCUAUACUCUAAAUAUAAUGUGCAUUCCCUCUCUCUCUCUUUAAAGGCUUAGGUUGUGGCUUAGCUGCUCUGUUUGUGUCUGUGGUUUGUUGUAGGAUGCACAGAUAGCUUGUUGUUAUGAUGCAGUACGAAACACUUACUUAAUCACAUAUUCUGUACAGUAAUUUUUCUUCUUGGUAGUAUUCAAUCAGCCUCACGGCUUUGCUUUGCACGUCAUCCACCAUUUAAGUAUGAGGUAGCAUGCUGAAAUACGAUUAACCCAGUCUUGAUAAUCACGUCUUCGAGGAGGCCUGUUUACAUCCACGGCGGCAAGAACCCUGUACCAUCCUUCCAAGUCUCCACGUCACCGCUCGACUUUUUCUGUCCUGGGUUCCUCCGUCAUGUCAAGCCAUAGCAGCAGCCCAGAGAGAGAGGGAGGGACGGCAGGUCCUGUUCAGCUGGAGGACCUCAACUCGCCCCCCGGACUGGAGACCGACCCUCCUUUAGCUGGCAGCCCAGUGCUCAGUCCUGAUUCCAGUUCCCAUGAUGCUGCGCUCUCUGCCCCGGCGGCCUCCCCGGCUGACUCGGAGAAUCUCAGUCCAGACGAGCUCGAGCUUCUGGCUAAACUGGAGGAACAGAACAGGUUGCUAGAAGCUGAUUCCAAAUCCAUGCGAUCAAUGAGUGGAUCUCGGAGGAAUAGUGGCUCCUCUCUGGUGUCCAGCUCAUCUGCGUCUUCUAACCUGUCCCAUCUGGAAGAAGACACUUGGAUCCUGUGGGGGCGGAUUGUCAAUGAGUGGGACGAGUGGAGACGAAAGAAAGACAAACUUCUGAAGGAGCUAAUAAGGAAAGGCAUUCCUCAUCAUUUCCGAGCAAUCGUUUGGCAGCUGUUAUGUAAUGCCACCGACAUGCCAGUAAAGAAUCAGUACUCUGAACUCUUAAAGAUGUCCUCACCCUGUGAAAAACUCAUUCGCAGAGAUAUUGCCCGCACAUAUCCAGAGCACGACUUCUUCAAAGGCCAGGACAGCCUGGGACAGGAAGUUCUGUUUAAUGUCAUGAAGGCAUACUCUCUUGUGGAUCGUGAGGUUGGUUAUUGUCAGGGCAGUGCCUUCAUCGUAGGAUUGCUACUUAUGCAGAUGCCCGAGGAGGAAGCCUUCUGUGUGUUUGUCAGACUAAUGCAGGAGUACAGGCUUAGAGAGUUGUUUAAACCCAGCAUGGCUGAGCUGGGUCUAUGCAUCUACCAGUUUGAACACUUGCUACAGGAGCAGUUGCCAGAGUUGAACGUUCAUUUCCGCUCUCAGAGUUUCCAUACGUCUAUGUAUGCCUCGUCCUGGUUUCUUACACUCUUCCUCACCUUCCUGCCCCUGCCAAUUGCAACACGUAUAUUUGACAUCUUUAUGUAUGAGGGUUUGGAGAUCAUAUUCCGAGUUGGAAUAGCGAUAUUGCAGUACAACCAGACAGACCUCAUACAGCUAGACAUGGAGGGAAUGUCACAGCACUUUCAGAAGGUGAUCCCGCAUCAGUUUGAUAGCUGCCCGGAUAAGCUGAUCCUGCGGGCUUAUCAAGUCAAAUACAACCCUAAGAGAAUGAAAAAGUUAGAAAAGGAAUAUACCACUAUUAAGAACAAAGAAAUGGAGGAGCAGAUUGAAAUAAAGAGACUACGGACAGAAAAUCGACUACUGAAGCAGAGGAUUGAGACACUGGAAAAAGAGAGUGCUGCAUUAGCAGACAGGUUGAUUCAGGGUCAGGUCACACGAGCCCAAGAGGCCGAGGAGAACUAUGUCAUUAAGCGUGAACUGGCUGUGGUUCGGCAACAGUGUUACACAGCCAGUGAGAGUCUGGAGAAGGCGCAGGACACCAUACGUGAACUUCAGCAACACAAGUAUACAGAGGAGUUUGUGAGUGGCCUACAGACUCAGUUGGAACAGUCUCGUCUACAGGAGGCAGAACUACUCGGUGCUCUGAAAGAAAUGCAGGACAAGGUGCUCGAUCUGGAAAAGAGGAACAGCUCUCUGCCUGAUGAAAUCAAUGUAGCUCAGCUGCAGGAGGAGCUGAAGCUGGUGAAACUGAGAGAGCAGGAGACUCUGCGCUCCUUCAGAGAGAUGCAAGAGGCUGUUACUGAUCUCAACCACUGCUGGCAGCAUCAUACAUCUCGUGGAGGAGGAGGAGGGGGAGGAGGAGGCCACUGGAAAGAAUCUCCUAAAAAGAAUGCGAUGAAUGAGCUACAAGACAAACUGAUGAGUCUGAGACUGCGAGAGGCUCAAGGUCAAGCUGAACUCAAAGAGGUCAAACUUAAAAACCUGCAGCUUGAAAGCCAGAACCAGAUCAACUGUAAGCUAGUUGUUAGACAUGAGCAAGAGAGCGCCAGCCUGCAGGAGAGACUGCAGAAUGCCCUUUCUCACAACAAAACGUUACAAAGCCAGCUCAACGAAAUGAAGAGAAAGAUGGCAGAGUCUGACUGCAAGAGCAAAGAAGAGGUGAUGGCGGUCCGUCUAAGAGAAGCUGACAGCAUGGCCGCAAUGGCUGAACUCCGGCAAAAGAUAGCCGAGCUAGAAAUACAGAAAGAGGAAGGACUGAUCCAAGGCCAGCUGAAUCACUCAGACUCCAGACAGUACAUAACUCAACUGAGAGAGCAGAUCGCUGAACUCAAGAACGAGAUCAGGCAGCUGCGUGGACAGCCCUCCAAGUUCCAGAAUACCGGCGGUGGGGUUUAUCAGGACCUAUGUCUGGAAAGCCCAGCAUCUGCAGAAGGUGAUUACCUCAGUUCGGACGAGGACCCUCUUCAGAGCCUGCCUGUGAGCUCGCUGUACCCGCACCACUCAUCUCCUCACCUGGACAGUCAAGGCAGCACGGACAGCGACGGCGAGGAAAGGAACCCCAUUCAAACCCCCUGCCAAGACCCUCUGCCUAACCAGCAGCAGCUGUACCCGGGCAUGGUGUGCACCGAAGGACUCGAGAACUGAGAUUGCUUGAAAUGGAAUAGGAAUAGACUGCACAAAAUGCACACAUAUAUAGCGAGAGGUUAUGUACGUUCACCCAGCUGUCAGAGGCAGAGCAGGAAACCGAUGCAUAGCGUGACACUCUCUUAGUAUACUCCGCUCUCACUCGAGCUGUGUCCGAAACUUGAAAAAAGCGCCUUUGCUAAGGCACGACCAAAUCCAGCAUUUGCCUUCCGUCUAUGAGAUAAGUCCUCCACGAUCUUGUGCGUUCAGUUUGACGGUUAAUAAAAAAAUGACACCUGAUAAAGAGUAAAAUAUAAGAAUAAAUGCCUGUUACUCCACCCCAAAAUGAUUUUUUUUCUCCUUUUAACAUAAUUUAAGAUGAAAGCCGGGAGGCUUGUGAAUGGCCUACUUAUGGCCAAACAAUUUUCACUGUAAAGAAAACGUAUUAUUGUGGCACGGCUGACACAGAAGAGUACGUAUUUGCUCUCAAGCCUCCAGGUUUUCAUCCGAAAUGUCUUAAAUUGUGUUUCGAGGAAGCUUUCGUUGGUUUGUAACGACAUGAGGGAUAGUCAUUUAAUGACAAAAUUUACUUUCUACACAAAAAUGACAUUGUAUAUUUGCGUCUAAACUUAGUUCUAGAUCAUUAGGUGUGAUGUUCGGUGUACUUGGCAGCUGCUUUCAAAUUCGGACACAGCCUCUAUGUCUCUCUCUCUCUCUCUCUCUCUCUCUUUUGUCAGUGUGUCUGUUGCACAGUCCUUAAACAUUGUAUUUCUUCCCAGGCAUGAAUUUGGAGUUAUGUGUUACAAAACACAUGCAGAGAGAAGUCAAACCGUCCUCUUCUCAGAGUGCCAGAAAGUUUGGUCAUUUUUGCCAUUUUCUCCUUUCAGAAAACAGUGUGGCCUUGAAACUACCUCUAAUUUAACCAGACACUCGCUCAAUCCCUGCGAACGUACCAACUUCACCAGCCAUCUGGCUAGAAAUCAGGUGACAGAGGAGGAAAAAAAGCAAGCAGGACACGCACCUUCGGGUACGCUAAAAGUUUGCAGCAUCCUAUCAGAUCCUUGGCUUUGGAAAUCGUGGGAUUGUCUUUGUCACACUCUGUCGGCGUCAAACGUAGAGACCAUCUCUACUGUCAGUGCUUUUCUCAACCUGGAUAUUCUCCGUUUUUUCCCCGUCUUGUUCCUGUGGAGAGGAUGCACGUUUUUUUUAUGUUCAUCUCAAACGCAACAGACACUACAAUCACUUUAAUGAGAGGUGACGGCUGAAAGAGGAGAAAAUAAGAAUGAACAAAGUCUUAUUAUAUAACGUAAUAGGGAUGUUAAUAGUUACAUACAUAGAUGAAUAUUACCGUAGCUCAUCCAUGUAUUUGUGUGUGUUUUAUACAAAACGAAGGUGAUCAAAAUUUUGGAUGGAGAAAAAUCCGUUGCUAAAGAACUAUUGUGUCAACAUUGCCAAAUGUUUUUUUUUUUUUAAGUUAUUUAUAUGUUUGUUUCUUUUAUGCUUUUUUUUUUUUUUUUUUUUUUUUAAAUAAUGUUAAUGUACUUCAUGCAUACAGAGGCCAAACUAUUUAAUUUAUACUAUUCUUCUGUGCCAAUCCUGAAAAACAGCGUGAAGCUGACACUACAGGGUCUCCAGAAACGAGAUUAGUUUUAAAAAAGGGUAAAGAACAGAAAAACAACUGCUGCUAUGACAUAUCUAGUUAGUUAUUUUAUUUUUAUUAUUAUUGUUAUUAUUAUUAAAUACGUUCACGAGGAUAAACCCGUCUCCCAUGUAAGGUAGAUCUAUAAAUCCAAGAUAAACUGUGAAGUUAUUAUUGACUUGACGCUUACCAGCAAUGAGUUGCCUAGAUUUGUACACUACAUAAAUACCCUCGAGCAACUAUGUGGUAUUGAUUUGCAUUUCACAUUUCAACUGUUAACCAUUUUAAGCAUUGAUCUGAUUUUUUUAUGGGUUUGUGCUGAUUCAAAAGCAACUUCCUGAAGCGUUUGUAGCUCUUGGAUGUUAAAAAAAAAAAAACAACCUUCAUUUGUAGAGCUAAAGCUUGCUCGCGUUCGACUGAACUACAGAACGUUUCGAAACAAACGUUAACUACUCGACUAAAUUACAGUUCAUUCACAAAGUAUUGCGAGGUUUUUGUAUAUAUACAUUAUAUUAUACAGAUAUUUCAUACUUGUAACAGUUUUCUUGCUUUUAAUCGAGUUUGGUCACUUUAGGUUUUUUCACCCACAAUUUCGUAACCUGUCUUGAAGACUUCCAUCUGACUCAGUACUGUCUGCGACGCCGUGUUUGUCUGACCACACACGGUACAUCAGUGUCAUUGCCUUUCCCCACCACUGCCUCAUUUUGCUAAAAGCUCGUCAGCCGUUGCAUUUAUCGAACAUUUUACAUGUUUACAUGACUUUCUGAGAGCGAUACAUUGCCGACAUUUGCACCCUUUACUGGUUAUUGACAAAAAAACAGUGAGACGCUGCUCUCAGACAUAUCUCUGAAAGUAUAAUGCAUUAUAAGUUUUGGGGAGAAGUAUUUACAGUAUGUGCUGAAUAUGACAUGAAAAGUAUGUUCAUAAAGCAUAUCUUAUUUUGAUUGGUUUUAAGUUCUCAGUGUAGCGUGGGGUUGCUGUUUUAACGUACCACAGUGUUUUAUUGACUGAUUUUUUUUUAUUGUAUUUUUUUUUAAGUGACAGACUGAGAAAUAACAGUGUAGAUCGGACUCAGUGAUAUUAGAGAUUUUUUAUAUUAAUGUUUCAUAUUGCACUACCAAUGAAAACUAAACCUCUAGCAUCGUCUCUACUAGGGUUUUACUCUGAUUUAGAACAUCCUUCCUGUUCGCCGGUGACCUGCGUAACAUUUAAAGCCAUCCACGAAAGUGUGUACCGUUUUUCUAAACCGUUCUUUGCGAGAAAUGCAGCAAGUAAAGGAAGUCGCUUUGCACCUUUCAUUUUCUUGCUGGUCUUUAAAGGGAAACCUCAGAGGGUCCCCCAAGCUGAAAGACUUUUAUCAAGCGGUUGUUGUACCAACGUUUGUUCUGGUUUGGAACUGUUGGAUUUCAAAUAGUUGAAGGAAACUUUCUUCACAACUUGAUUACAAAACGCAACGGUUUUGUGGUGCGCGUUUUAGCUUCUGAAGAAUAUUUGCUAAUAGGAAAUCAGAAAUGGCUGUUUUGAAACGAACCAGGAAUGGGAGUUGUCGUUUAGCGACUUGAUUUUGUUUGAAAUAAGAAGUCAGGUUCACUGGGAAGGCUUUUUCAAGCUUGUUUAUUGUUACCUAAUCAGAAACCUGCCAUUAUCAGACUGUCGAUGGGUGGCUCGUAUGGUCAAACAUUUCUAUCUCGCACCCGAGCUCUAAUUUCAAUCACCUUCAGACUGGCUGAAUAUGUUCUAAUCAGUGGAAUGAAAAAAAAAAGAUGAAUGAAAAAUGUUACACUGAAUAAUAAUAUCAGUACUUUGUGGUAUUAUGAGUCAGUUUUCCCUGCAUAAAGUCUAUCACAUAUCUCAGAAACACAAUAUCACUGUUUCAGUUGAAUCUGAAUACUAUGUACUGUUAUCAGAAUUGUUCUUUUUUUUUUUUUUUACUUUGGUAACAUCUUUCAUGGCAGUUUUUAUCUCGCUCUUUUUUUUUUUUUUCUUUUUGUUGCUUGAUGGUUGCCAUGUAAGCAAUGAUCAUAAUGAAACCCUGAUUGGUUUCAUAACCGACAUAUUGUAGUUACAGUAGUUACCUAACUACAACAAAAAAGCAUAAAUGACGCUUUUAUGCAUAAGCUUGAAUAAAAUCGCUGUUCAAAAGAACACUGUAUUAUUUAAUGCCUACUUGUUUUGGUCUUCCGUUUUCUUAAAUGUGGAGAUAUAUUGGGAAAAUAAUAUUUGUAAAUAGCGCAUGUGAUGUCAUUCAAGUGUUACAAUCAUACAGAAAAUGUUCUUACUGUAUGUAUUCAGUGUUUUCAUUCAUGUGUAGUGACUGCUAUUUCAAACACUGUGUGUAUCAAAACAGCAACCCCAAAAGCAGAGGUCAAUAUUUCAUACACACCAUACUAUGCUUUCAGGUGUAGCCAUAUUAAACAAGUGGCCAGUGAGGGCAUGAGGUCAUAACACAGAGGCUGAUGGGACAUCACCUCCUCUAUAGUGCUCCAACAACAGCUGCCUUACCUCCUUUCACCAGUACAUAAAUGUCCAGUAGUCUCCCCAUGACACCCAUCAGAUCACGUCCUCUCUCUCUCUCCUACAGUUCUACUGAUGUGUUAUUAAGAAUGACAGUACUAAAGAUUAUAUAAAUGGCAAUGUUAUCAAAUGAUGAUCCAGUGUUCUGUAUUUGAUGAUAAAAUGUAUUUAAAAAAAAAAAAGAAAUAAACAUUUAUGCUAUACAUUUGCGAAGUUCAAA